CACAACCAAAACCUUGCAAGUGCCUCAGCAAAGGAAGAUUUACAAAUCCCGGUGUUGAGAAGCACCGAGCCAGUGGAGCUGCUCAUGCAGGGGAUUAGCUGGCUCAUCAGAGGAUGAAAAAGUAGGACACAUACCUGUCAGGUGACCUCCCCAGAUCCAAACAGCACUCCACAUACUCUGCCUCCCAAAACAACAGAUGUCCAGGAUACAUUGGGGCAGUAGAUGGAUUUUUCAGAUCUGGCAGCCAAAGAGACAAGUUUGUGUGCCAAGUCGAGAGAGGCCAAUGUUGUUGCAGGGAUAAGGAAUUUUCACAAACUUGGACCAUGGAGAGAAACAACAUCUUCCAUCUUGCAGUUAUUUUACUGGUGGUUUUUAGGUCAAUCUCUGGAAGAAGUGCAGGGGAAAAUUUAAAUGUUUCAGCCAAUUUGAUCUCAGAAACAUCUAUGUAAUCCAGGCCCCUCAACACAUGCAAGUCCACCACAACUCUUUGCCAAAUGGGAGCUGUUGGUAACCACAGCUCAGGCCUGCCCCAGGCACAGCUGGUCCUGUGCUCCCAUUUGGGCUCUGCCCGGCUUUGUGCUGGCUCCCUGUGCUACCCAGCAGCCUCAGCCCCGCCUGACACCUGUGCCGGUGCUGCUGGAGCCAGGAGCAGGGAGCCACCACUGCCAGGUGAGCCUGGCCAGCUGCACCUGCAAACGGCAACCCAAACUCCCUGUGCUGUAGAGGGAACCACGGUGUCCAGCUUUCAUCUCAGAGGGCCACACGCACGAGCAGCCAGCGAUGGAAAGAAGGCUGUGGGAGAGCAGAGCACCCGGCCGCUCUGGGGCAAUGUCACAGCAUCUCUGGCUGAUGGUCCCACUGGGUGCUGGUGGCCCCUUGCCCCGUGACAACGGGUGAGAUGUGAGGCCCCUGCUACGGGCUGGCUGUGGCAGCGACGUAAUGUCCAUGCCCAUCCCCUGGAAAACUCUUCCAGCCUUCUGGAGGCGGACGGAGGAAUCUCGGAUCCAGCUCCCCGGAGGCUUGGCCUGGAACCCGCCUGAUGCGGUGCGGCCGGGGCUGAUCCCCCCCUGUGAGGGUCAGGGGCGAAGGGGAGCUCGGGCCAUGGAGCAACCCCGGCUGGAGCAGGGCUCGGCCCGGCCCCCCCCCGCUCCGCCCCAGCCGCGCACGACCCCGCCUGCCGGUGCUGGCUGCCGCGGCAGCACCCGGGACAAACCCGGGCUGCCAGAGCGGCCCGGAGCGCCCCCAGCCCCGGGGAGGAGCCGCCCCUCAGCCCGGCCCCUUCCGGCGGCCCCGCCCGGCCGGCGCGGGGCGGCUCCGUUUGACCGGGAGCGGUGGGCCCGGCCCGGUUCGGCGCGGCUGUGGGUCCCGGCUCGGCGUGACCCGGCGAUGGCAGUGCCGGAGGCGGUGCCGGGCCGGCAGCGGGCCCUGGCCGCCGGCUCGCCCGUGGACUACAUGAGCAUCACCAGCUUCCCGCGGCUGCCUGAGGAGGAGCCGAGCGGCGCGGCCGAGAGCGGCCUCCGCGCCCGCAAGGAGGAGGACGCGUUCCUGGGCGAGCAGGACACGGUGGGCCUCAUCUGCCAGAGGAAGCAAGGAAUUAAAGCAGAGUCCUUCCUGCAGAGGAGCGAGUGGAUGUUCCGAGGCCUCCAGUUUGCAGACCCAGACUCCUUCCUGAAGUCUGCGCGUCUCCAGCGCCUGCCCUCGUCCUCCUCAGAGAUGGGGAGCCAGGACGUGUCCCCUCUGCAGGAGACCAGCAAGGACCCCUUCUCAGGAGACUGCAGCUGCCAGCAGGAUGGGCUGACCGUCAUCAUCACUGCCUGCCUGACCUUUGCCACAGGUGUCACUGUGGCUCUCAUCAUGCAGAUCUAUUUUGGGGACCCUCAGCUGUUCCACCGCGGCGCUGUGGUGACGGACGCCGCGCGCUGCACCGUGCUGGGCACCCACGUGCUGGCCAGGCACGGCUCCUCGGUGGACGCGGCCAUCGCCUCGGCCCUCUGCGCCGGCAUCGUCAACCCCCACACCUCGGGGCUGGGAGGGGGCGGGGUGAUGCUGAUCCACGACAUCCGCAAGAACAGGAGCUGGGUGAUCGACUUCCGUGAGGUGGCUCCCCUGGGCAUCCCACUGGAAGGGGACCUGCAGCAAGACACCAAGCCAGGUCUGCUCGUAGGGGUGCCAGGCAUGAUCCUAGGAAUGCACCAGGCACACCAGUUACAUGGCAGGCUCCCAUGGUCCGAGCUGCUGGGCCUCACAGCCGGUGUCGCCCAGAAUGGCUUUAAUGUCACACAUGACCUGGCCAAAGCCCUUAGUGAACUGAAGGACCUGAACUACUCUGAGCGAUUCCAGAAGAUCUUCCUGCCAGAUGGGCAGCCCCUGCUGCCUGGGAUGUUCAUCCGGCGCCUGGACCUGGCGGCCGUGCUGCAGCUGCUGGGGGCAGAAGGGGUGUCAGCCUUCUACAGCGGGAACUUGACCCAGGAGAUGAUCUCCGAGGUGAGCCAGGACUGCCCCUGGCACCUGCCGGCCUGGGACUGCCACCUGCUUAAGGUCCACAACUAUGGAGGAGUCUUGGUGGAGGAGGAUUUCAGCAAUUACAGUGUCACUGUGGAGGACCCCAUGCACACAAUCUAUCGAGGGCACCUUGUUUUCACUCCCCCACCUCCACAUGCAGGUCCUGCACUGAUCUCAGCACUGAACAUCCUCGAGGGCUUUAACAUCACAAGGCAAGGAUCCAGAGGGAAUAUCUUGCACUGGAUGGUGGAGACACUGAAAAUAGCCCUGAGUCUGGCGAGCAACUUGGGAGACCCAUCUGGUGAUAUGUCUGUCACUCACACAGCAGAAAGCAUGGUGAGUAAAUCAGAAGCCAGUUCCCUGCGCCAGCUGAUCAAUGACUCCCAGUCCUUCCUGUCCAUGCCUCACUCCCCCCUGGAGAGCGGGGCCGCUGCCAGCCAGGUCCUGGUCAUGGGCCCCGAUGACUUCAUCGUCGCCGUGGUGAGUUCUUUAAAUCGUCCCUUUGGCAGUGGAAUAGUAACACCCUCUGGAAUCCUCCUGAACAGCCAGAUGUUGGACUUCUCCUGGCAAAAUAAAACAAUGAACCACUCCAUUCCCAGGCUGCAAAACCUCCUUCAGCCUGGGAAGCGGCCGCGGUCCUUCCUGCUGCCCACCAUCGUGAGGCCCUCCGAGGGGAUGUGUGGCACCUACCUGUGCCUGGGAGCCAACCACGGGGACAGAGCCCUGAGCAGCAUCGUCCAGGUUUUGGUAAAUGUUUUAACAUUUAACAAGAAUCUGAGUGAAAGUUUGUCACUUGGUCGACUUCACCCCCAGCUUCAGUCCAACACCUUGCAGGUUGACAGUGAGUUUCCUGAAGAAGAUAUUGAAUUUCUUGUGGCCAGGGGCCAUCAGGUGGAUAAAGUCCCAGUGGUGUCCCUGGUUCAUGGGGCCAGGAGAACCAACAGUUUCAUCAUUGGCCUGAAGGACCCGAGGAGUGCAGACGCUGCUGGAGCCACAAUCUUAUAGCAGCUCCCAGGGGCCGUGUGCUGUGGCCAGGGCUGACACACAACCCUGUGAUGUGCAUGUUCUGAAGUAGCCCCUUCUCCAGCCCCCAUACUGCUGGCAAGGUGUUCUGCACUCCCCAGCCUGGCAGCACCAGAGGGGUCAGCAGCAGCAACAUCCAGCUCUCUUUUUAUUUUUCAAUCAUUUGGAUUGCAAGCAGCCCCAUCCUUGUUACAGGAAUGGCAGGAGCACUUUUCUUUUGGCAGUCUUGCUAAUUAGUUCAGUCUUUCCAAAGCCCUCUUCUAGCCAGCAUCUUACUUUUAGGGAUCAGGAAUAUGAGCAAGGGAAAAGCCAGCUGCUACUGCUGCUGUUAUUAUUGAUGAUGAUUAUCCUCAUCUCCCUGUCUUUCCCAAGCUCCUUCUUUGCUUCCAGUGCAAGCCAGUAAUAAUACAGCCUGAUGUAGUGUUUGUAGGUGCCUGCAGCUGGAAUACGGGGAGUCCUCUAAUACUCCAUCUGGGCCAGCUGAUUUUUGCCAACGUGAAUCGUGAAUUUUGUGAAUCGUCCCAGGGAAGUUCCCACAUCACUACCUACCUUGAAUUUUGGCAGUAAAUAGUUUGAAUCCAGUUGCAGCGCAGACUCACUGGCAGUCUGAUUUUGUAACCAGAGCAAUGGUUUUCACCAGCUCUAACAACUUCUUCCUCUAACAACUUGUGCACUCCCCAGUAGUUUUCUUACAGAGGUUCAACCUCCUCACUGGUGAAUUUCUGAUUAAUGGUAGCAGGUUUAACUUUCUUAGACACUUUUUGGAGAUAUCUUAGCGGUACUCCACAGUGAAAAACCACAGAUCACAGACUGAAGACAACAUGGAGAGCACUUAGGUGGGUUCAGAGCUUUCCUUUCACUGCGUUAUCUCAGUCUGUUCCAAAAGCCUGGGUCAUUCCUACAGAGAGGCUUGGGAAUUUCUGCUGACUGAAUUAACGGCUGUACCUUAGCUCUGUGUUUUAGUCCUAGUGAAUCUACUGGAAAAGCUGAAGAGAGUGAGAGAAAAAGUAGAAACCAAACCAAACACUACUGAGAUAAUUUUCUGUCCACAGCAUGUAGUGAAUAUAAAAGAAUGCUCUUGCAUUUUGUGUCUGAAAUUGAGAAGGGAAGAAUACCCCAGCUGACAUCUGCACCAGGUCAUUUAGCCCACAUUUGGACAUUUCCUGUUCUUUUUGCUGGCUAGUUAGAGACACUUGGCACUAAAAAAAUCUGGCGUUUAAUCAUUUUCUGCAGUCUAAAAUGUGAUGUUUUCCUUCACGGUGCAAAUGCACCCAUGGCCACUGUACAUAUUAUAUAUGUGUGUCUGCUUAUGGUUGUGUUGCUCUUUGAUUUGGUGAUCACACCACUCACCCCAACCUUCCUCCUCAGGCACCCUGUGGCACCCUCUUUGUGCCACCUUCUGGCACUCAGUGGCAUGGGCUGAUUUUGGGGUGGUCAGGGCGACAGGGCAGGUAAUUGGACUAAUUGUUCCUGGGAGCUGUGGAUUCCAGAACAGCCCAGUGAAGCAUGUUGGGCUGAGUGAGAACAGAGGUGGUUUUGUGCUCUGCUGAAGUGCAGCCACCCAUGAGGGGAGCACAGCAGCUGCCACUGGCAGGACCAUCAGCAGCAUGUCCUGUUCCAAGUGUAUCCAUGCCCUCAGCUGGGACAGGGGAAGCACAAUGUUAUAUCUGUGACAUGCUCUGUACCACCAAGAAGAGACUUUCUUCACCACAGGGACACCAAAUCUAUUUAUUUAUUUCUCUGUCAUCAGCACUAGAGUUGGUCACUGACCAAGGAUGGAGAGUUUGUAGAUGUGUCUUGGAGCAGACCUCUUCAGGUUCCGUGGGAAGGGAAGGAGGCAGAUUUGUGGGUUGAACCUCUCUGGAGAUGGUCUGGGGUUUUCGGGCCUGUCCCAGCCCUGAUCUGUCCCUUGGGCAUGGAGGUUUUCUAUGAACAGCUGCAAAAUAUAAAGUCGAGUCAUUGUCAGUGCAGAACUUUGCAUGAAAUGUCACAAAACACUUUGAAAGAUUAAAUUCCUUGUUAUUAACUGAAUUCACCAACUUCUGAUGCCGGAUACUGUGUAUAUGUUUAGGAGUAAAAGACUUUGGUCUUGAUUCAAAAGGGCACUCCUAUGUCCCAAAUUACAAUUUCACAGCAAUUAUCCAGAAUCUUUAAAUGAAGCAUGUUCUGAAGUGUUCUGCUCGAUCAUAGCCUGCAUUGCAAAAAAAGAGAAAAUUGAAAAUAAUUGCAAGAUGAGACGUAGGCUCCUAUGUUUCAGCUAAGAGAAUUAAAGGCAUUCCAAAUAA